UUCUGUACUUGGCACGAAUUCAAGAUUACGGUUGAGCUCUUCUAUAAGAACGCUAUGUGAAGUCCCGCGCCUCUGGAUAAGGCCACCGGAUUUUCUAAUCUACAGCAACAUCCGUCAGCGUUCGAGAACCCCCCCCCCCCCCCUCCACCCCCUUACCUAAAACGUAUAAAAGGGAGCUCCGUGGUAUUCGCAACCAGUGAUUCAGUACUCGUGUAUCCCGGAUUUGUAUCACCAUAGACGCUUUAUAUUCAUAAACUAGUCUAAUAUAAAAUUACUCUCGCGCUUUAAUAAGCUUCUGAAGAGGGGCGGCUGAUACUGGUGCAACAGCUAGAAAAAGGAACCAUCGAGGAUUGAUUGGUGCUAAGAAGUCCAUUUUCUUCCGAUGAAAGGGUACAAGACAUCAGCGGCGUAUUCAAGGAUGAAGCGGCCGGUGAUGAUGCUAGUCGGCUUCUUAUUAGCCGCAACGACCGUCACAUCUUCCUCAACGGAAGACAACCUCGUGGACACUGUGGAAGAAAGCUCUCAGUCUCGACCGUGGUUCACAAACCCCCAGCGAAUGCAGAACAUCAUGAAAGUGCAGCCCAUCGGAACGGCCGUGAGACUCAACUGCCACGCGAGGGGCAACCCGACACCCAGGGUAUCGUGGUUUAAAGACGGUAGACCGGUGGUUCAACAGGCCAACAGUCCGACCUCCAGACCGGCAGACCAGUUUACGCUUUAUCUGGUACGUCUCACCAAGAACGACAGCGGCGAGUACACGUGCGUUGUGGCCAACCACUUGGGCUCCGUCGAAUGGACGUAUCAUCUAGACGUCUACGAACGCUUCAAACCGACGCCGACCGUCGUCUGCCAAGACCGCAACCGAACCGUUAUUGAGGGCGAAGAUGUGGUGGUCCGUUGCGAGGUUUACAGCUACCUGACGGCCUUCGUUCGGUGGAUCAAGCACUACCACGUGAACGGCACUUACUUCGACAAAAACGGGGCACCGUACGCAAAGCUGAUCAAAGAUGCAGCAGCGGCGGACGUUCGUGAACCAUUCACGCUGACGUUGAACAACAUCACGUUGAACGACGCCGGAUUCUACACGCUUCUCGCCGGCUCGCCAUCGGGAGCGUCUCAUCAGACCGUCGCCGUGCGCGUGAAUCCGAAGCCGUUCCCGGGCUACAGAUGAAGAGCUGCGCACUCACAAACGUUCCUGAGCGUGUAUGUGCGCUGAACCGCGACGCACUCGGAGUAGCGCUCAUUGGUUGGCUUUUAUUCAACUUAGCUAAUAGGAAGAGA